AUGGAACCUUUAUCAGAGGAGCUAAGUAGUCUCUCGAUCAAUGACAAGGGAGCACAAAGCCACGUCCACUGUAAAAAAUUUGGCCACGUCAAUUUGACUGCAUAUCCUAAACAGGCAUUCCACUUUUUUAAAGAAUCAAGAGAAAUUGGGACAAUCACGCACCGGUACGAUGAUGAAAGGUAUAUUAUAAAUGACAAGAGCGGUCUUCCCCGCCUCAAUUCUGAUAUAUGCGAGUAUAAGAAAGACCGAAACAAAAAUAAAAUCAGAAAGUACUUGGGUCAUAACAUGACUACAGGUUUUGAGAGUUUUGAACCUCUUCCAUUGGCGGUUUUGGAGGACAUGCGUGGCGUUUUCUUGUUUAUGGAACGUUUUGAAGCCAAAAAUGGGACAAAGUUCAAUCAGAAUAAUAAGUUCACCAUUGUCUCGGCGAGACAUCAUCUCAUUGAUCUAAUUAUGUGCCCGUUUUCAAAAGAAGAUGUAUCGCUAGUGGUAACUUACGUUGACGGCUAUUUGUACUUCUCUCCAGAUAGCCGUCGUGCCAAGAAAGACACAGGUAUUCACUCGAAAAGCACACAUAUGAGGAGAAUUUGCUACACAGGAUUCGAGUUGGAAAACCUUGUGACCCAGCCGCUAGCCGAAAAUCAGCGUUCGUGCUUUUUUUCUAUGAUAGAAGGAAAGAUAAACGAUAACAUAGGGGUGUUGCUUAAGGCGGAAAUGGACUGCCACGACGAUUUUCAUGAAACAUAUACUGAAAUCAAAUGUUCAACUGACUUUAAGCUCAACAAUCAACAUCAUCGCCGCAAAUUGCUGAGGAUGUGGGUACAAACAUCCUUGGUUCCUCAAACUGAUUUGCUUAUCGGUUUUAGAGACCCUUACUACAACCAAUUAAGCGCUCUACAGAGCUACACGAGAAAUCAAUUAUACCAUAAGUUUAACAACAAAAACAUGAAAGUUGAUAGAAUGCACCUCAAUUACAAUGCCAAUAUAUCUGUGCAGUGGUUUCAUCACCUAAUCGAGCAAUUAUGUGAUCUGGUAGAGAAUAAUAUCAAAGAUAACCGCCAGCAAAGCUUCAGAGUCAUGUUAAGUAAAGAACUGUGUUUAAGCAUUGAAGCCCUCUCCAAAACACCGAAAGGUGCUAUUCCGUAA